AUGGACCCCACCGCCCCCAACUCCUCCGGCGGCCACCACGCCACCGCUGCGGAUGACACGGGCCCGACCGACACCACCGUUACUCUCCCGCCGCUCACCCUUCUCGAUCCACCCCUACUUCCACCCACCGACCACCUUCUACAUCUCCUCGGGCGACGUCUCCUCCGCCAUGCCUUCUUCGACCUCGCCUCCGCGACGCCAUCCUCGCUCAUGGCCUACCGCUGUGCGCGGCCCUGGAGGGACAUCGCUGUCGAUCCUACCCGUGCAAGCGCCGCGCUCGUCACCUGCGGGGGCCUCUACUCGAGCCUCAACACAGUGCUCAGGGAGCUCAUCGUCGGCCUCCAAGAGCUCUACGACAUCCGCGACAUCUUCGGCGUCGCCGCGGGCUACCGGGGCUUCUAUGGUGGCGACGAGGACCACGUGCGCCUCGACCCGCCCGCCGUCGACGACUGGCACAAGAAGGGUGGGACCGUGCUCAAGACCACGCGGGGCAGUUGGCAAGAUCGUUGA